AUGCCCACAAGCCCAAGCGCCCUUCUGUCGCCCCUAUCACCCAGCACGGGCAUGAGCCAGGCGGAGCUCGCUCUUGAGGUGCAGUGGAGGGCGGAGGCGGCGACCUUGGCCCUGCGCAAGUCCCCUUCCAUCCCGAACUUGCAUGAGGGCAGCGGCACGGUGCGCAAGCGCAUCACCCCACGCGAGAUCUCUGCUCCCAUGCACGUCUCUGCGUCCUCGAGCGUCGACGCGAUCCCGAUCCGCUCACCGACGUCCGCGCCGGCGACCAGACCUGGGCACCAGUCGGGUGGGAUAGGCUCGCGCUUCAAGAGGCUGCGCUCGACUAUCCGCACAAAGCCGCAGCUCACCGGAGAAGAGCGCGACUCAUCUUCCACUCCGCAGCGAGCCGAUUCCCAUUGCGUCGUCCGCGGGGGCAGCGGAGCCGAGAUUCAAGGCUCCCGCACCUCAAGCCCCCCUGCUUCUGCAGGACCCGGGCUGAAGGGUUUCAUGGCAUGCUUCCGGAAGCAGCGCCCAACUACCACCGAGUCGUUAGGCCCGCCGCACCUUGUUGUGCUGCAGCGACACGAGAUCCCGCCGCAACCUGCGUCCACGACCGCCCUGCAGUCAGAACAGCGGUUCGGGGGAACCUCACCAGAGCUGUAUCCGCCCAUGCCGUCUUCGGCGCCUGCGCUGCAAACCCUGUUCAGGAGCACCAGUCCGAACGGGCCGUUGCCACCCUCGCAGUCGCCCACGCCACGGUCAGGGUCACAACCGCUCACGCCGGUUAUGAACUCUAGGACGCCGUCGGACGAACAUGCGCUGAAGCAGCUCUUCGACGCUGCUUCGAACCUUGGGCUCGAUCAGGCUGCGCUCAACGACCUCAUCGCGCGGUCGCCAUCGACGUCCUCGCGCUCGACUGCGCUCACGAAACUCACGCGGGCCACGUCGCCAGGAAGCGGGAGCGGGAGCGGGAGCGGGAGCGGGAAUAGAAGCUGGAAGACACACAGCCAGGCACUCAGCCAGAGCCCCACCCCGAGCCACGAGCCAGAGCCAGCAGGUGCCGAUCAUCCGUGGUAG